AUGGACGGAGACCUGAUAACCACAAAGUCUUCCUCCUACCUGGUGGAAGACUUCCUGGGGGAAGGAACUUUUGGGAAGGUGGCCAGAUGCGUUGAAGUAGCCACCAAUGAAAAGGUGGCUGUUAAAAUCAUCAAGAAUAGCCCGGGACUGUUAGCGUCGGCUAAACAAGAGAUUCGCAUCUUAACGCGCCUCCAAGCUCUGGACCCGGAAAGGUGUGGGAUUGUAAAAUGGAUGGGGGACUUCAAACACGGUCCCUACGUCUGUCUGGUGUUUGAGCUCCUGGACCAGUCUCUCCUAGACUUCACCAGGCAGAGAGCAGGCCGCAGUCUGCCUCUGAUGCAGAUAGAAAAUAUAGUGGAACAGCUGGCCUCAGCCCUUGACCACCUGGGCACCCUUGGGAUCAUUCAUGCCGACCUGAAGCCUGACAACGUCAUGAUGACAGGACAGGACACUCAAGUCAAACUCAUUGAUUUCGGCUGUUCCAUCCAUUUGUCCCAGGCCAAAAUCGGCUACGAUUUCUGUACCAUCUGGUACAGAUCCCCAGAGAUCAUGCUGGGUCUCCCAUAUACAUGCAUGGUUGAUAUGUGGUCCCUGGGUUGCCUGGCAGCAGAAUUGUUAAUUGGUGCCCCACUUUAUCCCGGCUACACAGAAUAUGACAUGUGGGCAUACAUCAUACAAACCCAUGGUGAGCUUCCUGAUGCAAUGCUGAACCAAGGCAUCAAAACCUCUUUGUGUUUCACCAAAGGACCGGUCUGGAGACGCAAGACACGACGGGAGAAGGAGGAGGGUAUGAGGAGCAAAGGGCUCCAGCGGCGCUGGCCCAGACCGUUCCUCUUCACCUCCCUGGAGGACGUGGUCGAGGCAGGGCAUCAGCCAGGCCAACCUAUCCCGCCCAGCUUCACGGACCUGCUGAAGAGGAUGCUCCAUCUGGAUUGUGACCAGCGCAUCACACCACGCGCACUUCUGGAGCAUCCCUUCUUCAGCCUGGGGAGAGAGAUCCAGACCGACAGCAGCAGUCCUGAGCGCACUAUGGUCCAGCCUUACAGCAGCAGUCCUGAGCGCACUAUGGUCCAGCCUUACAGCAGCAGUCCUGAGCCCACUAUGGACCAGUCUUACAGCAGCAGUCCUGAGCGCACUAUGGUCCAGCCUUACAGCAGCAGUCCUGAGCCCACUGUGGUCCAGUCUUACAGCAGCAGUCCUGAGCCCACUGUGGUACAGCCUUACAGCCACUGCCCUGAGCCCACGAUGGACCAGCCCUGCAGCAGCCGCCCUGAGCCCACUGUGGUACAGCCUUACAGCCACUGCCCUGAGCCCACGAUGGACCAGCCCUGCAGCAGCCGCCCUGAGCCCACUGUGGUACAGCCUUACAGCCACUGCCCUGAGCCCACUAUGGACCAGCCCUGCAGCAGCCGCCCUGAGUCUACUGUGCCACAGCCUUACAGCCACUGCCCUGAGCCCACUAUGGACCAGCCCUGCAGCAGCCGCCCUGAGUCUACUGUGGCACAGCCUUACAGCCACUGCCCUGAGCCCAGUGUGGCCCAGCCCUGCGGCCUACCGGGGAUCCCCAAACCUUCUGUGUCAGAGGAACAGAAGAAGGCCCCAGUAGACACCACAGACAGUGGUAAAGGGUAG